AUGGGAUGGAACCCCUUCUCCACCUCUCCCACGCGCUCCAGCUACAGCUCCCACUCGCGCGGCCCGUCGCGAAACUACGCUCGCAGCAGCGCCGGCAGCUCCUACUCCUCGUCGCACCGCGCCUCCACAUCGCGCUACGGCCGCCAACCGCGCGACGGCUACAUGCAAUCCCUCUACCGCAAGCUGCGCCAGCUGUGGCGCGACCUCAUGCAGUACGCGCGCCGGCAUCCGUACAAGGUCUUCUUCGCCGUCGUCAUGCCGCUCGUCAGCGGCGGCGUGUUGCACAAGCUGGCGCGCCAGUUCGGGGUCAAUCUGCCGGAGAUGGGCGGCGCGGGGGCGCGGGGUGGGUUUGCUGGGAGUGGACAUACGAGACAUGAGGGUGCGGGGGGCUACUAUGGGAGUGAGGGGUAUGGGCCUUCGAGGGGAGGGCCUGCUGGCCAAGCGGGCAUGUUUGGAGGGCUGGAUGUGCAGAGUGUGGCUGGGGGGAUUGGCAGUUUGGCGACAAUUGCGCAGAUGGCGAGUAAAUUCAUGUGA